UCAUUAUCCCCAUGUGAGAGGUCAGUACACGUGAAUAUUGAGCAGGUAUCGGCGGCGGCCUGUGGCUCUUCACGUUUAUCAUCUAUAUUCUUCACCUUUGUGGUGGCAUUGUGUAAGACCAGUGUCCAAGAAACUCUCAUGUGCACCACGUGUAAUUGUGGCACUGUCAAGGUUCAUCAGAAAUUGUAAACAAUAUCGCCUGGUCAAAUUUGGACAAUUACAUACAGCUACAGUAUUUGGUUUAGUCAUGUGUUGAACGGUGCAUUAGACCUUUAAUAAUUAGUUGAAUAUCAAAUAUGAGUUCAAAGCAAAAUAUACUCUGUGUAGGGUAUUGCUGUCUUGACAUCGUCAGUCAAGUCUCCAAGUUUCCUCUUGAAGACACAGACCAAAGAUGUCUGGAUCAGCGUUGGCAGCGAGGCGGUAAUGCUUCCAACAAUUGUACUGUCCUGGGGCUCCUCGGGGCUAAGCCAACCUUUUUUGGCACCAUCGCUGACUCCCCUGAGAAGAGAUUCCUCCUUGAAGACUUUGCCAAGUUUGAUGUAAACACAGAUUAUGCCGUCAUACACGAAGGUUGUGACUGUCCAGCGUCGUGCAUUAUUCUUAGUGCUGCAACAGGGUCACGCACAAUUGUGCAUGCCAAUAAGAAUCUUCCAGAAGUUUCUGUGGAAGAUUUUGACAAGAUUGACUUAUCACCAUUCAAGUGGGUUCAUUUUGAGGGGCGAAAUGUGCCAAAUGUUACAAAAAUGAUUGACCGCAUAAGGCAGCACAAUAAAAACCUUCGGGAUGGGAUCCCUGUCACUAUUUCUGUUGAAAUAGAGAAAGCAAAACCUGAGCUUGAGUCACUCAUUUCCUUGCCAGAUGUGCUCUUUGUCUCCAAGGACUAUGCCAUGUAUAAAGGAUACAGAAGUAUGCAAGAAACGCUUGAGAAAGUCCAAGCUCAAGCAUUUCCCAAGGCCGUUGUGAUAUGUCCAUGGGGAGAAGAAGGUGCAAGUGCAAGCAGCAGUGAUGGCAAUUUGGUGCAUAGUCCUGCCUUCCCUCCUGUCCAAGUGAUAGACACAUUGGGUGCUGGGGAUACCUUCAAUGCUGCUACUAUAUUUUCACUCUCUAGUGGUCGCAGUUUAAAAGAUAGUAUUACUUUUGGGUGUCGAAUUGCAGGCUUGAAAGUUGGUGUUGCAGGAUGGGAAGCGCUAAGAAAAUUUGCAAUGGAUGGAGCUUUCUCUUUGUUAGAAAAUUCAGUUGAAAAGAGCAAUGUUAUCAGUGUCGCCUGAUAUAUGGAGAUUGGUGCUAGAGGUGAACUUGGGAGCCAAGUUGAGGGUAUUGUGUGUGCUGCUUGGGUGUAUUUACUGGUGCUGCUUGUCAUAUGGCAAUUACUUUUCACAGAUACUGAUGAAAAUGAGUUACUCUGAUGAAUGUUGAAAGAUAAUGCUAUUUUUUCAAUAUGGCAAAAGUUAAUGGAGCUCUGUUACUUGCCAAAAAAAAUUCAUAGAAUAUGUUGAUCAUUUGGAUUUUUAAGCCCAUCUCUCGGCUACCUAUUUUAACCAUAACUCAAACCAGUGAUAGGAUAGGAGCCUACAAUUGAGCCUAAAUUUGUAUUUUUAAACUCUUAGAUCAAAUGCCCAAAGGUAAUGGCUAUCUGAAUCAUCAGUCUGACCUUCACGUUACCUAGCUAUCAUUACAUUUUCUAUUUGAAUAGGUAGACCACAAUAAUUCCUUUCUUAUGAACUCGGUGGUCAAUGGUAAAUUGCAUCGGUUGUUUUGAUAGUUUUAUCUAUGGCAAAUGAUUAUCACUUUACACUGCUAUUAACAAACUUUGCCCCAAGUACAAGGUGUGGGCCGGGGUCACAAUAAACCAUGCACCUUUUGCUUAUAUAAAACCAAAAAGCAGUGUGUAUCAGAGGCCUAAGUUGUUCCUCGCAUAGCUUUUGAUCACGAUCAAGAGGAAGAAGAUAUAAAAAAUGGGUAUCCCCUGACAUAAUGUACAGCUUUAGUUAUAUUGACAUUUCCACCAGUUUUGCUCAUCUAGAAAGUAUUAUUUUUGUUUUUGCUUGUCUUAUGAGAAUAAACGUUUUUAGCAAGUGCUGGCCUUACGGUUCCUUAGCUGUGGUUUAAGAAGUAUAAUAUAUCUUAGGAAGGAUGACAUAAAAGUGCAUUAAUAAUUUGGAGAUUAAAGUUUUGAAUCACAUUUUACUUUCUGAAUAUAUUACAUGUAAUGUACAUAAUAUUAAAUAUUUAUUAUUUUAUGAAACUUUAUUAUAUUUUUAUAUUUUGCUUGUAUAGUAUUUAGAGCAUUAAUAUAAAUACUGUCUGUGCAGGUUUGCGUCCAUACAGCUUUAUACAGUAUUGUCAUAUCCAUAUUUUACUUCCAGCAUCGCUGUAAAUUUUCAGGGCUUUAGAAUAUGAAAUUAUAAAUUACUUAUGUUGGUGAUGCCAAAAAUAGUUAUUUGUGAAUACCAUUGAGUAACACAAGGAGUGACUGUUGAACUGUGAAAGAUAAGCAAAUUUCUAAAGAUCUAGAAUGGUAAUCAAAUUAAAUCUAUUAUUGUACAUGCAAAAAGAAUAUUGUGAUCGCAUGCCAUGAAAAUAGAUUUUAUUUGUAUUAUUACAAAAUGCCUAUACGGGCUUUACUAUAUCAGGGAGAAUCUGGGUUAGUGCGUGUAAAAUACUAUAGUAAAAAAAGAAAAAAAAAAGAAGGGUUGGGUUGAUGUCGGUAACCUCACCCUUUUCGGGAUACGAUAAAAUGUCAUCCACAAAUAGUCUAGUCGCAUCUUGGUGUUUAUUUUGUUGACGGCCCUUUGUGCUUGCCGUAAUAACAAGAAUAUUUCAACUCUCUGUUGAUAUAAACCAAUGAAACAUGCUGCAGGCUAUAAAUUAAAUUACUUGCAUUUUGAUUAAUCUUCAAGCUACAUAUCAGUGUCUGUUCAGUAUUUGGAAAAGUAAAAGGGAGACCUUACAAAUUUUGUGGUGUUUAAUACCAUUAUCUGGAGAUCUUAGUGUUUGUUAACAUUGUCAUCAACACUUGGUACUUCUCACAACCAAGAACUAUUGCAUUGGAAUAAAAAGUGGAGAGAAUAGGAAAGUAGGAUAUUAAUGCAGAGCUCACAUGCAGGCGUUCGAGUCACAAUAACGUGGCUGAAGUAUGUUGACCAAUCCACACACUAGAAAAUGAAGGGACGACGACGUUUUGGUCUGUCCUGGACUUGAGAAUGGUCCAGGACGGACCGAAAUGUCGUCGUCCCUUCAUUUUCUAAUGUGUGGAUUGGUCAACAGAGCUCACAUUAUGAAAAAUGUUAUUAACAAAAGUACUGAACAGAGAAAGGAUAUAGAACUCAGCAUAUGACCUGUUAAAAUUAAGAAAAUUAAUUUGUUUUUUCUUAAUUACUUAUGAGGAGAAAAGUUUCUAUCAAAGUGUAGUUACAAGUUGAGAGUUAUACUCAUGGUCUCCCAUCUUCCCAGUACUCUUUGCUAUAUGACACUGAUAUAUGAUGAAGUUACUGAUGGUUUUAGCAUCUACAACCUCUUUGUUACAAUUGUCUACCACUCUGCAUAAAAAAAUAUAUAUAUAUAUACAGUAUAUAUAUGUAUAUAUACAGAUAUACAGUAUAUAUAUGUAUAUAUACAGAUAUACAGUAUAUAUUUGCCACAAAAAAUAAUAAAGUUCUUGCUAAUAUUAUUUUUUCAUGCCACCUCUGCAUCAAAAGAAUGUACAGAGGAAUGACUUAAAAGUCACAAAUACUGUACUGGUACUAUUAUAGAAGUAGAAGUAAGUGCUGGAAAAUUUAAAAUUAAUAUUAAAGGUACUGUGGUGAAUGUGCAAUGCUAUUAAGGGAAAUUUUUUUAAUGAAAAACUAAUUCUGCUGUAAUAUAUAUUUUAUGGUUAAAUGAGGUUAAUGAAUGUCUGAACUGAAUAUUGUAUUUUAUACCUUUGAGAUGCCAUAAAGUUUUGUACUUUUUCAUUGCAAAAAUUUAUCUAUAAAAUUACAUUGGGAUAGAUACUGUAUAUACAAAAUAUUGCCUAUACACAAGUGAUGUUGAAGAGACAGACAAAUUCUUGCUGGAAGUGCUGGACCGGUUCUGUUGUAAUGGAUACAUGGGUCUUCAGGCUGCUCCAAGCAACAGCCUUUUAGAUCAGCUUACCACAAGGCAAGCCUUGCUGCAGGCCAGGCUUGGGGAGAAGAAGUAUGUACUCUUAACUGACUACAGGUAAAUAUGCAAUACCAACAAAAAUAUUAAUUGUUGUUGAAAAUGUGAAAAUAUUCACAACACCACAAAAUAAUGGUGUUGUGAACGUUGUUACACUUCAAUUAAUUAUCUGUACACCCUGGCACCUGCCUCCAGACAGCAAGACAUAUCACCCAUUUGUAAAGGAAUUUUGCAAGUAUAACCAUAUAUUAUGGUCUAUAUUAUACUUUAAUUUCUUUACUAUUAGGCAAUACUUUUAGAAUAACAUAUCUGUACCAGGUUCCUGGAUGUUCAGGCCCUGUGGGGAUCAGGAAACUUGUAUCCAGAUGGUAUCCGAGACAGGUGCCAGGUAUUCGAAUGAUCAAUAGAUCAUUUCUCACAAAUCACUGAGCAUUAAGAUUUGAUAUUACUACACAUGGCAGUGGGAUGUGUCAGUACUAUUUAGUUUUGUUUUCACAUUAUUGGGUAACUUUCUACUUCCCCACAUGUUCACAGAUUAGAAACCAAACAGCCAUAGUCCGUGAUUCAUUCCUUGAGAACCACUGACCAUUAAGGCCUGAUAUUAAUAUAUAAGGUGGAAUGGUCUGGUUGGAAUGCAUCUGUGGCAUUUUCAAUUAAAUUAGACACCUUUCGUGGUGUUAAGUGUCCAGAAACGAGGCAAAUUUUGGUAUUCUUCUGAUUGUAUUUAUAACUUUAGGUGCCUGCCUAUGUCAUUCUACAGUUUAAGGCCCAUCUAUUUGCCUGAAAAUAAGAGAAUUAAAUUAGAUGUAACUGCUUCAAUUUUACAAAAAAUAACUAACUUUUUUUUUAUAAUUUCAUAAAAACAUUCACUGAAUUGUGGAAAAAUUAACAUUAUUAAAUUUAUUGUAGCAAGUUUUAAUAUGUAGCUUUCAUGAUUCAAUAUGGUUUUAAAAUAUACUGUAUAUUGAAGUUUCAUUAUAUUUGUUAUUCUCUGCACUAGUACAGAUGCUAUGGCUUUAUUUCCAUUGGCAAUGUCCAGAGACAGACAACUACCUAACUGUGAAUAUAGUGCACAUUUAAUGUAGAUAAUUUUGUUUAGUGCAACUUAUGCAGCUAUAAUGAAAAUGGUGCUUGUGUGUUAGAAAUAAUGCUUAUGCAAUGGGGGAUCAUUUCUCAGGAUGUUAGCUAACACUGUCGUAAAGAUGGUGCAAGGAUUUUAGAUAGAUUAAAAGUGCAUUAUUGCAAGUCAUGCUUUUGAUGUUGCAGUUAAGCCCACUUUAUGGACUUACUUGUUCACAUUAUACAGACACUGUAAAUAAAUGGGAAAACGAAGACACCCGUAAUUCUCGGUAAUCAUUACUAUGUGGAC